GACUUCCUGCUCCAUCACUGUUCGCCCAAUGCCCUGAGAGAAAGUCUCUUACUACAGUGGCUCUUGUAAUCUGACAACUUGAUGGGAUCUAGAGUCCCCUAGAAAACAGCCUCGGGCACACAUCUUGAUUAAGGCGAGGUGGAAAGACCUACCCUGGAAGCAGGCUUCAAAAGUUCCGUGGCCUUGGGUCCUGAGCUGCACAAAAGGCGGAAGGAAGGAAGGAAGGAAGGAAGGAAGGAAGGAAGGAAGGAAGGAAGGAAGGGGCAGGAAUCCUGGGCCCUCGGCUUCCUGGCUAUGGAUUCAAGGUGAACAGUGGUCUCAGGCUCCAGCUGUCAAGACCUCCACCACAGCAGACCCACUGUCCCAACUCCUGCUCCCGCCUGUCGCUCUGGAGAUGGCCUUACCUUUCCUCCUCCUCCUUGGGGGCUUCUGCAUCAAAGUGGUGAGCCCAGAAAGUCCGCAGAACACAAUGACAUGGAUAUCUACCCCACCUAUCAAGACCCCAAGUACCUCUGAAGCCUGGAGUGCCAACUCAUCAGCCUUUAUCGGGCCAGUGACAGAGAACCCUAAGGAGACCAUCAGCCCCUGGAGGCAGACCCCAAUCCCAGUUUCUUCGACCCCCUUAGGAACUACUGAAUUGUCUUCUGUUGGGACUUCUGCUGGUGCCAGCAUGAGCAUCCCUGUUCCUGAGGCUACAUUCUCUCAGAAAGUUUCCAGCAGGACAUCAGUACUGCUUCCAGAAACAUCAAAUGUAGCCAGUGACCCUCCUGUCACUAUAACCAGUCCUGUGUUUCCAGAAACAUCAAAUGUAGCCAGUGACCCUCCUGUCACUAUAACCAGUCCUGUGUUUCCAGAAACAUCAAAUGUAGCCAGUGACCCUCCUGUCACUGUAGCCAGUCCUGUGCUUCCAGAAACAUCGAAUGUAGCCAGUGACCCUUCUGUCACUGUAGCCAAUCCUGUGACAGAGAGAACUGUAACAUCUAUAUCUACCUUUAAAGGGACCAGGGCACCCCCCGACACUGUGACAACAAGCUCUGAGGAGACCAGUGGACCAUCUCUGGCUACAACAGUAAGCUCCAAGACCAGUGGUCUCCCUGCCACCAUAGCAACCAGUUCUGUGGAGAGUUCCAGUGUGGCCAGUGGCACCCCAUUCUCCAGGACAAAAAUAUUUAUGCCGUCUACCCGAGAUCCCAUAACCACCAGGUCGCCGCGCCAAGGGUCAAGGGGCAUGUUGCUGGUACCCUUGCUUAUUGCAUUGAUGGUGGUUUUGGCCAUUGUGGCGCUACUGCUGUUGUGGCGCCAGAGGCAAAAGCGGAGGACUGGGGCCCUGACCCUGAGCAGAGGUGGAAAACGAAAUGGGGUGGUGGAUGCCUGGGCUGGGCCAGCCCGGGUUCCUGAUGAAGAGGCCACAACCACGUCAGGGUCAGGGGGCAACAAGGGCUCUGGAGUACUGGAAGCAGAAGGCUCCGGGCAGCGACCCACACUCACUACUUUCUUCAGCAGACGGAAGUCUCGCCAGGGCUCUUUAGUACUAGAAGAGCUGAAGCCUGGGUCCGGUCCCAACCUGAAGGGGGAGGAAGAGCCGCUUGUGGGCAGUGAGGAUGAAGCUGUGGAAACCCCAACUUCUGACGGGCCACAAGCCAAAGCUGAGGCUGCACCUCAGUCUCUAUGAGCAACAGGUGCUCAUCCAACCUGCUCCUUAACCCUGGAUCCUCCUGUCAGCUGCCUCACACUCUGCAUUUGUGAAUAUUUGUGGACCAAGUCCAUUCAUUCAUUCAUUCUUUCAUUCAUUCAUUCUUCAUCCAUCCACUUCCUCCCUCAAACCCCAGCCCCUGCUGUUUCCCACCUCACCUUCCUCAGUGCUCGCCUUCCUCCGUGCUCCCUUUGGAACCAGUUGCUGAAUCUUCAUGAGGAUAAUCUUUGUUGACCCACAUUUUUUCCAAGGAUCCCCCUUGGAAUGCUGGGAUCGGACAAGAAGGAUGAAACGACAGGCCAGAAAACUCCCUAGGAUGAAGCUAUGAAGUCCAUGCACAAACCCCCUCCCCAGCAGGGGCCCCUUCAGGACUGCCUCGCAACUACCAUUUGCUUUAGGGCCAGCUUAGAGUCUGGAUGGGGCCAUCCAGCUUGCUCUUGGGUGAACUGUGACCUGUGACUUUUCCCAGAGCACUCUGAUUUGGUGCUGGCUGGUGGCUGCUUGCAGGGAGCCUGCCAGAAAUCGGUCACUUCUCCUUGGGGUAGGGAUGAGGAGAGUUUCUGGCUCCAUGUAGUCUCCACACCGGCUGUGUCCAUUUGGAAGUAUGGUUUGUAUGCAAGAUAGGACAAUUUAGGUGAUGGCUGUGAACAGUACUGUUGAGUAUAGACCAUGGGAGAGAGCAGGGCAGGUGCUAGUGAGCUCCAAAAGGGGCGAUGCAGGAGCUGCGGAGUACUCAGGUCUCUUCAUAGUGUUCAGACAGGGUAUGGCUAAAAAUCUAAGUGUGUCUGUAGCCCCUAGAAGAAUGCAAAGGUGAUGGGGACUAAAUGUGCCAUCAAGUGUGAGU